UGCUGCCGCCCCAGCUGCUGCCAGACCACCUGCUGCAGGACCCAGUGCUGCCGCCCUAGCUGCUGCAUGUCUAGCUGCUGCAGACCCCAGUGCUGCCAGUCCGUGUGCUGCCAGCCUACCUGCUGCCGCCCCAGCUGCUGCAUCUCCAGCUGCUGCAGACCCCAGUGCUGCCAGUCCAUGUGCUGCCAGCCCACCUGCUGUCGCCCCAGCUGCUGUAUCUCCAGCUGUUGCAGGCCCCAGUGCUGCCAGUCCACCUGCUGCCGGCCCACCUGCUCCUUCCCCAGCUGCUGCAGCUCCAGCUGCUGCCGCCCCUGCUGCUGCCUGCGCCCAGUCUGUGGCCGCGUUUCCUGCCACACCACUUGCUACCGCCCAACCUGUGUCAUCUCCACCUGCCCCCGCCCC